AUUUAGCACAAACUUAGAUUUAAAGGGCACUAUCGCUAUAUAUCAGCAGUGGUGAGCCUUAGAAGUCCAAAACCACAGAACGCAAUGCCAGAAAAAAUCCAAGGGCCUGAAGAGCCGGCAAAAGUUUAUCGAAGUUGCCACCCUCCGCCAAAUCCACCACCCAUCAACCGCCCAGUUCGCGUCUAUGCUGACGGGAUCUAUGAUCUCUUCCACUUUGGCCAUGCUGGAUCUUUAGAACAAGCCAAAAAAUCAUUUCCAAACACCUACUUGCUUGUGGGAUGCUGCAACGACGAGAUUACUCACAAGUACAAAGGCAAGACAGUGAUGACAGAGUUGGAGCGAUACGAGUCGCUCAGACACUGCAAAUGGGUAGAUGAAGUGGUUCCAAAUGCUCCAUGGGUUUUAACUAAGGAGUUUCUCGAUCAACAUGAGAUUGAUUAUGUUGCACACGACUCACUCCCUUAUGCUGACACUAGUGGUGCAGCAAAUGAUGUUUAUGAUUUUGUGAAGUCAAUAGGAAAGUUCAAAGAGACAAAGAGAACUGAUGGUAUUUCGACUUCUGAUAUCAUAAUGAGGAUUGUGAAAGAUUAUAAUCAGUAUGUCAUACGCAAUUUGGAUCGAGGUUAUUCCAGAAAAGAGCUUGGCGUUAGCUUUGUAAAGGAGAAGCGAUUAAGAGUGAAUAUGAAGUUGCAGAUGAUACAGGAGAAAGUAAAAGAGCAUCAGGAGAAGAUGAGGACAGUGGUGAAGACAGCGGAGAUGCAUAGGAAUGAGUGGGUGGACAAUGCUGACCGGUGGGUUGCUGGGUUUCUGGAGAUGUUUGAAGAAAGGUGUCACAAGAUGGGGACAGCGAUUCGGGACAGGAUACAGAAAAGGCUGAAAAGAGAGCAGGCAAGAGUAAGAGUGGCUACUAAUAAUGGCAGGAGCAUUGAUGACGAUCAAGAAGUUUAUUAUGAUGAUAAUGGGGUUGAGGAAUACUAUGAAUCCAGUGAAUAAGAACAAGAUAAGAAUGAAUAACUUGUGUUUGUUCCUGAGUCAAUAAUUAAUUUGGGAGCAAUCAAUUCGAAUAGAUGCAAUUACUCAGUGGUAGCAUAUUAGCAAAAAGAGCUACCUAUAUAAAGAUCUUUUGGCAGUCACGGGUUCAGUUUAUAUACAUAUAUUUAAGGUUA